AUUUUCGCCAACGCAUCGUCCAACGCAAUAAUUCCUACAUCAAACUGCCAUGUCAUAUACACUUCCAGUGUUCGGGGCGGUUCUGAGGACUCAACCUCCGUCUUCAUCGCACAAUUCAUAUGGGCGACCACAAUGGGCCUCACCUUCCCACUGGCUGAUCUCUGACUAGAAGGUAGAUGAGGCGGAGGAAAUCUUACGGCAAAUGCUGUGGAGGUUGCUUACGGGUCGGAGUCCUAGGGCACAGGCCGAAUUCUGUAGAACUGGCGAUUUGCAAAAGCAUUCCGUGGGAAGGAAGCUGUUCGAGGUUGAAGAGAGAUACCGACGAGUGCUCUCUGGAAAAGAGAAAGUGUUGGGAGACUGCAACAAAUCAACACGUAAUACGGUCUACAUCUUUGGAUUUGUCCAUUUCACUCAUAGAAAGAUAUCUGAAGGCGGAAUCAAUGUUUUUCACCUGCACUGUUUGGUAGAGAUGUGGCGCCUGGGUCUAACCACUCUUCAACACUCGCUGCAGGAAAUUGCCUGGCAACUGGAUGCAAAAAUUGGGGUAAGCAUUACGAGGAAGACAAGAUAAUCAGGCAGAUUUUACCCAGCGGAAAAGGGGUCCUGGUCCCUAAGAACGUGUCAAGUGCCUUAUGUUAGACAGGGGAAGUUGAUCGAGGUAGAGGCGAGGUACCAUCGCCCACCGGCAGGCCAGGAAGAACUUCUUGACCCUGAUGUUACAUCAACCCUGGCACUGUAACAAUCUUUUUGUCUUGCACAAGACCCAAGGCGAGCUCGAUCAGGCUGAGGCGAUGGUCCAACGCGUACUAGCAGGGCAUGAACGAGCUAGCUUCUGAUCGCACAUCGACCCCAGACACUGUCAAGGACCUUGGCCAAUUAUGAUCCGUCGGGUCCGCUCACCCCGCGAAGGUGAAACCGGG